GCAAAAACGAAAAUCAUUCCAAAAUAUAAAUAAUAAAUUACGAUGGCAGAGCAGGCGGACGAAUUAAUGCUUUUGGAACGAGUUUUUCUCAGAUUAGGCUCUGCUGAAACUGAUGAACAAUUACAAAAUGUUCUAUGUAAAUUUCUACCACCCGUUCUUCUUAAAUUAUCCUCUCCUCAGGAAGGUGUUCGAAAAAAGGUUAUGGAACUGUUGAUACAUGUAAAUAGACGGAUUAAAACAAGACCUUUGGUACAAUUACCAGUCGAGGCAUUACUCACUCAGUACCAAGACCCUGCCGCAACAUCUUUUGUAACUAACUUUACAAUAAUUUACAUAAAAACAGGGUACCCAAGACUACCUUUAGACAAACAGGCUGAACUAGUGCCAACCAUAUUAAACUCCUUGGAAAACAAACCUGCCCCCCACAUGGACAGUCUGUUGCUCCUCAUUAUACCACUACUAGGCAAAGUUAAAGUUCCCACAGACCCAGAGAAAAUAACAAGCUUAUUUGGUCUCAAUGAAAAACCCCAGAUUGUCAAGAACUUGCUUGAAAUGCUUCUAGAUGUGUUGCUGUUACCUUAUGGGGCUUUGAAUCCACAACCAGAUCCAGAGGAGGAAAAUUCCAAUGUCUCCUUGCCAGUACCACCAGGCAUGAGCGAAGUGUCAUACAAAAAGAUCACCCAGAACAACCCAAUUAAACCAGAACAAUUGGAAGAGAUGAAGUUGGGCAUAGUAAAGUUCUUGUCGCACGGCGUUUUCAACAAUGACGACAUAUUAAUUCACUUAAUCGUCGCUGCUGCCGACACCAGAUUCAGCGUCGCAAAUUUGGCGGAUAACGAGCUGAAGAAAGUCAUAGGUUCUGUUUCAGGCACAAAAUGUUCGCUGCAACUGCAAGUCUUGUUCCUGGGCAGUCAAGUCAAGACCAUAAAACCUGAGCAGAAAAAGUCACCAGCCAGUACCAGAAUCCGCCUGAAAAUCCUUACUUAUUUAUGUCGUUUCUCUGGCGAGAAUUUCUAUUUUGGGGGCUGUCUGCCGGUGGUAUUCGACUCGUUGUACGGCAAAAACACAAACUCACGCCUCAAAACUUUGGCCCUUAACUACACCCACAACAUCAUUAGAGAUGGUCCUGAGGACUUGAUGGGCCCAGUUGCACCAGUUCUCCUCUCUGGCUUGACGAAGCAAAUCAAGGAAGGUGAAGAAACCCAUCAGGGUCAGUCGUUUGUUUUGAUCGGUUUGCUGGCACAACGUUUUCCCAAAUCCGUUUACAACAACGUGGGGCUUUUGGAAAUGUUUUUCUCGAAUCUCGAAACCGCCAACCCGGAUCUCAGACUUUUGAUCAGAGAAGGUCUUCUUAAUCUGAUUGUCGCUUACAGAUAUGACGUAGGUCCGGUUGAGGACGACGGAAACAACAGGCUGGAUAUCAUUUUUGCGCUGAUUAAACACAAAUUGAAUGCCGAAGAGCCAAUGGUUAGGUUUGCGGGAGUUAAAACGCUUGCCACUAUUUUUCCACCCAACCAUGUGCCCUCAAAGUAUUUGCUUCUGUUGUCUACGGGUGAUAACAAAGACGACGUUUCGUCGGAAGCGUUUAAAGCGUUGUAUGGAACUGCUAGGAAGGUUGACAUAGAUGUGUCAAGGAAAACUGGAAAAGCCGUCCCUAUGCCGGAAUUUGCAGAAAUUGCCGCGUACGUUCAUUCUCAAGCGGACAACAAUUUAAAGGAAAAAGUUAAUUGUUUUAACGUUGGCAAUCACGUUUUGCCUUUUACACCUAAAACUUUUAACGAAGUUAUUCUGUAUAUGAGACUAUGCCUAUUGAGGGAUAUUGAAGUUCCGUUAACCAGAGAAGUUUUAAGACACCCCUGCGAAUAUUCCCCUAUAAUUGGCAAGCACUUAUUAACUUAUUAUAACAAAAAAGAUGAUUCAACUAGCCCUUUGCAACAGUACGCCAGUUUGGUGAGACAAUUCUUAAUUGCACAACCCAAUGUCGAUCCCUUGUGCUGUAUGAUAGAGCUAAUUGGUUGCCUGGCACCCCUUCACACCAUCCUCGCGAAAGACAUGCAGUGGUCCCGCGAUCUACUAGGCAACACUAAAGAAGAAAUUCGGGAACACGCCUCCCUCCUUCACGGCUUGAUGUUAAGCGAGACCCUUUCAGACGACGAAUUCGACAAAGCUCUUGCCAAUUUGAUACAACAAACCGAACAUAAAAUGUUAGAGACGCAACACGGCAACAUUUUGGCCCUUGGUGCCGCUUUAAACGCACGCCUCUUGAGUAAAAAACGUGAUGUCUGGCCUGUUUUGAAGGAGUGCGUAAAUGCUGUCGUGUCGUUCUUGAAGCACACAAACCCGCUGCUAAUAUCUGCCGCUUGCGGUAGCCUGGGUAACAUUGUAAGAGUUGUGGGUUUGCCUUUGGAGGAUGGAAAAUCUGACAAACUGGGGAGUCCGGACGCUAAACGGCCGGCUAACGAAAAAAUCACAAAAGUGGAUGUCGUACAGUUGUUGUCCGAAAUUACCAGCAACUCUAAACUGUCCACUAAAAUUAGGGAGAAGGCCGCUUUAUCUUUGGGAUUAUUGUGCGUGGGAGAGAGGUUCCCACACACCAGGGACAUUAUGCAAGGUUUUAUUAACAAGGCACGCGACACCAAGGAUGUGGAAGUUCACUUCACCAUCGGCGAGUCGUUGGUGAUGUGUUGCCAGAGCAUCUGGUCCACUGAGGCUAGAAACCCGUGGAACACUUUACCCGAUGAUUAUUUGCCCCAAACGAGCGAGCCUUUGCCCGACGACAAUUUGGAAUGGUUGCUGGACGAGUUGUUGCGUCUGGCCACCCAAACCCAUCCCAAUUCCAAACAGGCUUCCUGCAUUUGGUUGCUGGCCGUCGUGAAAAAGUGUGGCGAACGCCAACCAAUCAAACAACGAUUGCAGCUCAUCCAACGCUCGUUUAUGAACUUCCUCUGUGAAAACAAUGAUAUUGUCCAAGACACUGCAUCGAAAGGUCUGUGCGUUGUGUAUGAGACGUACAAAGACCAGGAAUUGCUUGCGGCCUUAGUUAAACAGUUGACUUCCGGCACCAUGAACGUGGCAAAGGUCACAAGUGAUACGAAAAUCUUCGAGGAAGGCCAACUCGGUUCAACACCUACAGGGGAUAAUUUGACAACGUAUAAGGAACUGUGUUCUUUGGCAUCAGAUCUGAACAAACCUGAUCUGAUUUACCAGUUUAUGCAUUUGGCAAACCAUAACGCCAUUUGGAAUUCUAAGAAAGGAGCAGCUUUUGGCUUCUCAAGCAUCGCUGAACAUUGCAGCGAAGCCUUGCAACCACAUCUGGCUGAAAUUAUUCCCAAGCUCUACAGAUAUCAGUAUGAUCCGACGCCAAACAUCCAAGCUUCCAUGCAGAAUAUUUGGAGGGUUCUCGUUCCUGAACCAUCAAAAAUUAUUGACCUGUAUUACGACCAGAUUUUGGCCGAUAUUCUGGAAAACUUGAAUUCACAACAGUAUAGGGUAAGACAAAGUUGUUGUUUGGCCUUACAGGACUUCCUUAAAGGUUCCAACAAUCGUUCGAUACACGACGCUAUUAAUUCCAUGGAUGAAUUGUGGAGGAAGUUGUUCAGGGUGAUGGAUGACCAUCACGAAGCAACUAGACAAACCGCAACCAGAACCACUAGAGUUUUAAGCAAGCUGUGUAUUAGAGGCUGUGAUAUUGGACAGGGUAAAGCAGGUGUUAAAAUGGUUGAGGCUAUUUUGCCUCCACUCUUAAACAACGGCAUAACCAACACAGUAGCAGAAAUCCGGGCAAUAAGUUUACAGACUGUGUCGGAGCUAGUGAUGUCCGCUGGGAAGCAACUAAAACCAUUCCUCCCCAAACUCAUUCCGGCUUUGCUUCAAGCUGCCGGUGAAACCGAAUCAACGAAGUUAUCCUACUUGAGUACGAUGCUGGGAGGUCAAACCCAAGCCCAGGAAAUGGUGGACAGUGCACGUGCCUCCAUGGCCAAGUCGCACUUCACCACCGAAACGGUGGCGAAAAGUCUGCAGUUCGCGGAUGCCUCCAUUCUCGAGGCACUUGUGCCCAAACUCGUGGAACUCCUGAAGAGCUCCGUCGGUUUGGGAACGCGAGUCGCCACCUGCCACUUUAUUAAUCUGCUGGUCAUCCAAAUGGGUCGCGACAUGCAACCCUAUACCGGCAAACUGCUGGCGGUUUGCGUUAACGGUUUGACCGACAGGAACGCGGAGGUCCGGAAGCAGUUCGCUAAUUCCAUCGGUUACCUAGUGGCCUCCGCUAAAGACUCCAGCUUGGAGAAACUGUUCGACAAGCUCAAGCUGUGGUAUUUCGAACGCGAAGACGACUCGAUCAGGUCUGCGCUGGCCUACACGAUCCAAUCCAUCGGCAUCCACAAUCAGGAGAUCCUCAAGACCUACUCGGAUGUGGUGUUGCCGUUGGUGUUCUUCGCCAUGCACGCGGACAAGUCGCCCGAGACGCAGACCACGUUGGACGUGUGGACGGAGAUUUGGUCGGAACAGAGUCCCGGAACUGAAACUGGGAUCCGCCAGAACAUCGAAAAUAUAUGCGAGAUGCUCAAGUCUGCUUUGGAGUCGCCGUCUUGGACCAUGAAAGCGCAGGCUGCUAAUUCGGUCUCAACUGUGGCGAGUAAACUAGGCACAACUAUGGACGCCAAACACAGGAACGCUUUGAUUAAUAUUUUGCUGAUCGGGUUGCAAGGCAGGACUUGGAACGGAAAGGAUAAGCUUCUAAAGGCUUUGGCCAGUAUCUGCUCCAAUUGCAAAGACGCAAUUAAAGAAGAUUCGGAAAUAAACACAGACGCAAUCGUUGAAGCGCUGUUAAAGGAAAGUAGAAAGGAAGAGUUGGUUUAUAAGAAUUCAGCUUUGCAGGCUUUAGCUGAUGUGAUAUCAUCAUUAGAGGUGGACAGAUUUGAUGAGGUUUAUGAAAUAGUUCAAGGUGUUAUUGGAGGCAAAGGCACAAAAGAUGAAGAUGAGGAUAUAUCUUCAGAAGAAGUAUCUAAACAGAGAGAGAACGUUAUUAAGAUCAAUGAGGCUGCUUAUGAAACGUUGGGCAAAACUUGGCCUGUAAACAGUAAAGUUACUCAAGAAAAAUACAGAGAAAUGUUCGUAGAGCAUAGCGUUAAAUGUCUGCCUACGAUUACUAGAUCUGUGCAAGUUAGUGUAAUGUCUGCCCUUUACAACUUCGUAGACAAGUUAAUUUUGUUAAAUGAAACAGAUUUGAACCAGCAGGAUAAAGAGAGUCUUAGCAGGAUCGUCGACAAUAUAAUAAAAGCUAUUGAAUAUUCAUUGGGCAUUUCCAAGCACACGAGACUGAGGAAAGAAUCGUUAAAUGUUGUGUUCUGUAUUGGCCAAAAAUUGGAGAAGAACAAUCAGCAGGAGUUUAAAAAAUUGUGCGACAUGUUGAACGGUCUUUUGCCCGAACUGGCGAAGGAUACUCAACCUGAAAUAAAAUCCAGACUUAUUGAUAUCAAAAAAUUAUUAAUAAACUAAAAAAUGUUUUGUUUAAUUUAAGAUCAAUGCAUUACAUUUAAGCUUAAUUUUCUUUAAUUCACAUAUUUAUAAUGUUGAUUUAAUUAUGAACAGGACAUUUUUGUAACAAUUUUAUAUUGUUUUAAGACUUAAUUGUUUUAAUAAACUUAUUAAAACUC